AUGAAUCCUUCUGUGAACGAAAUACGCCGAAGGCAAAACCCUGACACCUUUAAACAGGAGGUCGCCUGGUUCGCGAAAGGAUUUCGUCAGCCCAAAACAAGGCUUGAAAAAUCGGCAUCAACAAUCGAUGCAUUUCAGACCAUGAUCUGGGAUAAACCCGGAGAUGACAUUUUACCAACGUUCGGUAAGUGCCCUCUUUUGCCAUUAAAAAGGGUCCCGAUUUAGGAUAUGUACGUCUAGCUUACGCCUGAAUUACCUCUAUCUGUUUGGAAUAUUCCCGAUUAAAAUUAAAUUCCAUUUGGGUAAUAUAAACAAAUAAUAGAUAAUCAGUGUCUAUCUUUCAGGAGUAGGAUCUGGUCUCGAAAGGUCUAAUCCUUUCUUCUAGUAUGGGAAAGUAGUAUCUUCACGGUGUCAACGUAUUCUCCCUGAAGAGAUGGGGUGGGAGAAUUACAUUUAUGACAGUAUUUAUGACUUAACAAAAUAAAUGACGUGACCUUAACCCAAGAGGAUAUUAUAUUUCAAAGGCCAAGUUACAUCCAGUGGAUAACAACGCAAUUAAAAAAACUCUUUGAUAAGAUCUAUUAAUUAAAAGAAAAACUUUUGGUCUUACAUAUUUCUAUUGAACAAAAAACAAAUCGAACUAGCAAAUGAUUUCCACAAUCCCUAUAAUCUUGAUUUCAAAACAAAAAACCUUGUCUCUGAAAGCAGAUACUCUUGGAACAUCCCUUUCGCUUCACAAUGUAGAUUCUUUCGCUCUACUAUACAUCUUCAGUUUUAAAGUUAAAAAAAGCAAUGGUAAAAAAUUUUUGAUACGAAGCUCUUGGUAAAUAUUUGUUCAAUAUGGCUUUUCACAGGGUAUAUCUUUUUUCGGGUCAGCGUAUUCGGGAGAGGUUAUUUUAAAGCUUGUAGGAACAUUUUGAGGUACUGUUUAACAGCGAAGAAACGCUUGCUAUAAGAACGUUGUCUUUUUCACUCUUAGGUUUGACUCCUGAUGAGCUCUCACGCCUUGCUGCGUCUGGGACGCGAGGGUGGCUGGCGAAUGACCAUGUUACAUGGGUGUUAAGUGAAUUAAACACGAUGCAGCAAGAUACGCUGCUGUUGUGUCCGAACGCGGUAGUCAACAUCACAAACGAGAUGGCCAGAAAGAGGAAAAUUUUCAAUUUUGGCAUGGUGAAACGGCUUGUUUUGCCGCUUAAUGUUGGUAAAGAAAAUGGUCAGACCUUCAUCGGUACCAUGAAUAAGUCGGGCAAUCACUGGGUUCUUGUGGUUGUUGAGAUUCGACCAUUCAAACGAAUCCUUUAUUGUGACACGUUAGCCUGGAAACCCCCAUCAAAUAUUGUCGAUGUGGUCAACAGUUAUAUCAGCCACAUUCCUCGUAUUGGAAAGUAUGAUGAUACGCACCUCUUCUUGGCUCACCAGCCCGUGGCUACGUCUCGGUUCGGCCAUAUGUGUGACUGGAGAUGCCGCAACUAUCCACUACAGACAUGCUCUGACAUAUGUGGAGUCAUUGUUCUAAUAAUCGCAGCGCUGGCGGCUUUAGACCGACCCCUAUUUCAGUUCUUGAUUGGUCCCAGCGAGAAAAAUCAAGUCUCUCUACAACGCCCAAGCCAACAUGCCCAUUUUCUAAGGAGAAUCAUAAUGUGUUGGUUUGCCGAAAGUCGCAUUGAAAUCAGUUAUGUGCUUCUGCAUCAUGAUUGGCGCGAUAACGUCCGUACAGAGUCUGACCACUCCUCUUGCCUACGUCGAGACACGUCCAGUAGUACAAGGAAAAAGCUUAAGCUAUCCUAA